AUGGCUUUAAAGCAAAUUCUAACUCUUCAAUUAUUACCAAAAAGCCAUAGUUACACAUCAUUGUCAAUUUCACCAAAUGGUAAAUAUUUGGCACUUACAACGGCAUUACAAAGUAUAACUAUAUACAGAAUAUCAAAUAACACCAAUAUUACGUCACUUAUUCCUCACUCAAAACUAUAUACAGAUCAUUUGGAGGGAAUAAACAAAAUUAUAUGGUCACCAGACUCUCAAUGCAUUGCAUCUGCCUCAGACGAUUGUACCAUUGAGAUAACACAUAUUAAAUACGGAAAAUUACAAACCCUAAUAGGUCACACUGCACCAGUAAUCACUAUAAAAUAUAGUUACAAAGGUAAUUUAUUAUUUAGUGGGUCAAUGGACGAAAGUAUUAAAAUAUGGAAUGUGAGUGCAAGUGGUAUAUACAGUGGAAGUACUUUCACCAAUAGUUCCUCGUUGCUCACUGCACCUAUGAAAACAAUUAGCGCACAUUCAGAUCCUGUUGUUGUUUUGGAUAUGCCAAGCAAAGAUUCCUCCAUCUUAGCGUCUGGUUCAUUUGAUGGACUAAUUCGUAUAUUUGAUACUCAAACAGGAAAUUGCUUAAAGACUUUAACCUAUGAUAAGGAUUGGGCUAAAGAAGGUGGACUACCUAUUAUAAAUUUACAAUUUUCUUAUAAUGGUAAAUAUUUACUAGUAAAAUCUAUGGAUGGUGUUUUAAAGCUUUGGGAUUAUGUUUCAGGCCAAGUGUUAAGAACUUUUACAUGUACUGCAAGCCCUGAUAGCAGUAACGAUAUAGAUAUGACUAAAAAUGCCGCAAAAGUAGUUAGUAACGAAUCUUCUUUGAACGGAAAACAUUGCACUGGUAUAUCCUUUUUAUAUGAAACCAACAAUAACAAUAAAGUGAUUAUUAUAGAUGGUGAUGAUUUUGGUGAUCUAAAGUCCUGGGACGUUCAAACGCAAACUUUAUUGGAUAACAUCAAGUCUGCCAAUCGUAGUUAUGACAAUUGCAUUAUUGAUUUAGCGUGCCAUAAAAAUAUGGUUUUUUCAUUAAGUUUAAAUGGUUUAUUAAGUGUAUGGAAAUGGUUAUAG